CAGCACACAGCUCACUCUGCUGCCGUUGCUCUGUGGUGGUGCCUCGUUGCUUUGCCGACGCCGCUUCAGUGUAAAUUUUUCUUUUGGCCCAUUCGGAUGUGGCCACGACGCGCGCGGUGUCCGUUAACAUUAUUCUUAUUAUUAUUGUUGUUAUUAUUUAGGCUUUAACUGUGGAUCCGAUCCGCUGCGCUUGCCCUUUCGUUUCUGUCGUGCAUAUAUUUGUGUUCCAGUUGCAGCAGCGUCCCCGCGUCCGGGUUGUGGGAGGAGAUGGCCGAAACGAUCAGCAGUGCAGCCAGCAGCAUGGAGUUGGCCCUCAAGGACUCCAGCCCAUCGGUGGCAGUGGGCGGCGGACUCUUAGUGGACAUGACGCCGACCACGGCAGCUCUGUUGCACCACAAUGCGAUGGCCCUGCGCAGCCUUAAGGAGGCCGUGGCCCAUCGGGAUGCGUCCGUAUCGGGUUCCGGCUCCGCCUCGGAAUCAGAGCUCCCCGAGCCGCGCUCCCCGACGCCGACACCCACGAAUCUCAGUACCGGCGGCCCCCACUCGCCGCCCAUGACAUUCCGCUGCGAGAGAUGUGACAAUUUCGAAACGAGCUCCCGGGCCACCCUGCUCCUUCACGUGGUGCAGUGUCUGGCCGGACAGGCGGCGGCGGCCGCGGCAGCUGCCUCGGUGCGCCUGAAGAGCGAGGACCUGGGGGAGCCGGAGAACAUGAGCCUCAGCCACAUGGACACGGGAAAGCCCUCGUCGGACAAUGUGGGGGGGUCCAGCUCCUCGGCCAGCUCCUCGCCGGCGGGCAACGGCAGUGGCAACAGCAGCAGCUCCAGGAAGGUCUUUGAGUGCGACGUGUGCAACAUGAAGUUCUCCAACGGAGCCAAUAUGCGGCGCCACAAGAUGCGGCAUACGGGCGUGAAGCCGUACGAGUGCCGCGUCUGCCAGAAGCGAUUCUUCCGCAAGGACCACCUGGCCGAGCACUUUACCACCCACACCAAGACGCUGCCCUACCACUGCCCCAUCUGCAACCGCGGCUUCCAGCGGCAGAUCGCGAUGCGCGCCCACUUCCAGAACGAGCACGUGGGGCAGCACGAUCUGGUCAAGACUUGCCCCCUCUGCAGCUACCGGGCUGGCUCCAUGAAGUCGCUGCGCAUCCACUUCUUUAACCGGCAUGGGAUCGACUUGGACAAUCCCGGGCCCGGCGGCACCUCCUCCCUGCUUCUGGCUCUCGAGUCGCAGGCGUCGGCGGCGGCGGCUGCGGCCGCUGCCAGUUAUGUUCCGCCCGGCAUGAGUCCUGUUCCCGUUCCCGUUACAGCCCAGCAGCAGCAGCAGCAGUCGUCCUCGGUGGCGCCUCCUCCUGCCAGUCAUCAGAGCGAUAGCGGGGAGUCGAUGCGCUCUCUGGAGAACGCCACACCGCCCAUGCACUUCCUCACGCCGCACGUGGAGAUCUCCACGCUGAGCGAGAACGGGAACACGGAGCUGUUCAACCUGAUUUGCGUUUGGCGUGAAUCUGCAUUGCAGGGCAACAACAACAACAGCAACAGCAACAACUGCACCAGCAGCAGCAACGCCAACACGAACAUCAUCAACAACAACAACAACAAUUGCAACAGCCACAACAACAACACCAUUAGUGUCAUUAGCAAUGGAAACAGCGAAUCCAAUGUGGAUAAGGUGAAAGAUCGCGCCCUGAUCAUGCAGUCGCCGGUGGAGCUGCAGCUGCCGAUGGACUGCAACACAAAGGCCACACCCAUCACGUCGAGCACAACGACAACGGUGAGCCUCAAGAGCCAUCUCCAGCAGCAGCAGCAGCAGCAUCAUCACCAUCACCACCACGAGAACCACAUAACGCCCUCGAUUAGUUUGAUACCAAUCAAGCAGGAGCCAAUGACAGAGGAUGUGGACAAAAAGUUGCAGAUCAGUGGCAGUGAUCCCAGCAGCGACACAGAACAAUCUUCCAACCACAGCAGCAGCACCAACAACAACAACAACAACAACAGAACCUCACUGAUCAAGGUCUCCCCAUUGAAGUCUCUCCUGCGCGAGGAUCUGAAGCGUCGAAUAUGCGCCAAGGCCAACAACCGGAUCACACGUAAUGCCACACCACUGGAGAGCAACAGCGUGCUGUCAAACAGUCUGAGCAAUGGGUCGGGUCCAGGGUCUGCAUCGGGUGGUGUGAACAGCAGCAGUAACGGCGGUGGCACAGCCGCAUCAGCGGUGCCGAAUCCCAGCAAUGGGUCCGGCUCCACACAGAUAUGCAAUGGAACGAUCACGUCGACGGGACAGGAUGGGGACCUGCUGAAUCGCAAGCUCAUCCUCACCUGCCACUUCUGCGGCAUCGAGUUCCCCGACGAGACGCUCUACUUCCUGCACAAGGGCUGCCACUGCGAGAGCAAUCCGUGGAAGUGCAACAUAUGCGGCGAACAGCUGAACAACGUCUACGACUUCAAUGCUCAUCUACUGAGCAAGAGUCAUCAAUAGCAGCCACAGUUCGCCAGCGGCGGCAUGUAAGCCGGCUGGCACUUGGAUGGGAUGUAGUGGGAUGGGCGCGUCUGGCGAUCCUCCAGUGAUGGACAGACACGGAUGCGGAUUCCGAAUAUUUACUUAGCUCAAUUUUGAGAGAUUUUCCACAACCAGGCACACAGUUACGCUCAGAGCAAAUGAUUAUACACCUACCAUCUAGUUGUACAUCUAGAUCUACGUUUACAUCUACAUUAUAUACAUAGUUAUAUACAUACAUACAUAUAGAGAUAACACUCAUCAUAUUUUUAUGAUCUGCAUGCGGAGCCUCUGCAGGCGAGGCAUGGAAUGAGAGCUACGUAGUUACCUAAUCCCUUAACGAAUCGAAACUUUACAUGAACGUUUAACGUGACAAGGAAAAGAAACAGAAACGGAAACAAAACAAAACAAAAAGGAAUCGGAAUCAGAACCAGAAACCGAUACCGAUACCGAUUAUAAUGUUGAAUACCUUCCCCACAACCGAAUCGAACCGAACCCUGUUAUGUAGUGUUAUUAUGCCUUAGGUUUAGUAGUUUUAGUCUUUAAGUCUUGGCAAUAAUUUUCCAGCCGGUUCAACUGGCAUCAACACUUACGUCACCAUGCGAUCAUGCGAUACGUGAUGAGUACAGUACUUUCACGUGACGUGAGUGCUCUUAGGUCGGUUUAGUGCAUUGUAGUUACGGGACGCGCCUCAAAGGUGGCAAUUUAUGUUUUACCCCUCAUCAUAUACACACAUCGAACAUCGUAUAAAAAUGCCUAAACAGUUUCAUCAAAGGCUUUAAAUUUGUUAUGUUUUCAGAGUUUAAUAGAACAGCAACAAGUUUAAUUAUAACAGAUCUAUAUGAAAUGCAAUAUAAGCAACGUUACAUAAAUAUAUGUAAAACAGGAUAUAUAUAAACACACACACACACACAUAGCCAGGUUAUAUACAAGACCCUCACUCACACUUACACAGGUACAGAUGCAUAGAUACAAAUACACAAAAGUAUACAAAAACAAAAACAGAAACAGAAACAGAUACAGCUGCAGACAUGCAUAUAGACACAGUUUGUUUUAGCUUAGCAAGAGGUUAACGAAUUUUGAAUUCAAUUAUUAUAAUCGUAACUUUUACUUAAAAACAAACCAACAA